ACUCAUGCUUUGACUCGUGUGUCAUGUAAGCCAUGUCGUACUGUUUCAUGCGAUACACUCUGUUUCUUACUACGUUUUGUUCUUGACUAACUGCGGUCUGGGGGCGUUACUAUUACUGGAGAGGACAUCCAGAUGAACCCUAUCAUUAAUCCACCUGCUAACUUUUGGUCUUCCGCUGAGGGCAAACCGACCUUAUCAAACUGGAUGAGGUGGAAGAAAUCAUUUAUUAUCUACAUGGAACCACUGUCUGUUUUGAAUCCUAUGAUUUACUUUCGGAGUCCCACAAAAUACGACUAUUCAGACAAGUGCUGGGAGAUGAAGGCCAACGAAAUUAUGAUGCACUAUAUGCAGAAAAUUGUGACACUAUUACAUCGACUUUGGAUAAAUAUACCACACUGUGGGGAUUGAAACAGAAUAUUUAUACUGCGAAAUAUUGCUUCACAAAGCUUGUACAGAAACGGAAUGAGCGCGUCAACAACUUUGUUGCAUACAUCCAUCAGUUUAUUCCUGAGUGUAAAUACAACGAAAUGCCGCCCGACAAAGGUAAAGAAGAAAUGAAACUGCAAUGCUUAGUUGCGAGGAUUCUGAACAAACGUGCACGGGAAAAAUUGUUGUCUUUGAACGAGUCAGUUACUACUCGUUCGCCAAAGAGGGGGAUUUCUCGCACCAGCUAAGUGAAUGCACUGCCCAUCCACUCGUCGAUGCUGUUCACGCAUUGCUAAACCAAGGAUUUCAGGUGAACCUCGAAAACAGUUCGUGUGCUAUGGUUGCGGGAUGCAACCUGCUCGUGUUUUUGAGUGUCACCACAAAGAAAGCAUCUGCCGGAAAUGUAGUAAAAUAGGCCACUUAGCCCGCGUGUGCAGAUCGGAACCCGCCCCAACAACCAAUCUCACUCAAUCGAGGCGCUAUAAUAAGCUGCCACUUACCGAGAAAAGGUUCUGGAAGAUCCAGAUAACGAUCUAAAUUCCGUCCACUUGAUUACCGUAUUACCCAACAAGUGUCCUCCAUAUGCGAUUCGCUUGAUGAUCGAAAAUGUACCGAUCGGUUUGGAACUGGAUACAAUGGCUGCAGUUACCAUUAUAAACAGUGAUUCAAUUAAGAGUUUUCCGCCCUAAAACCAUGUGACUCCAAAUUUCAAACCUACACAGGAGGUCCGAUUAGGGUCUUGGUAAGGUGCAUGUUUAAAGUCAGGCAUUGAGAGCGGGAAUUAGCUCUAUCUUUGAGCAGAAAUUGGACCCGAUACAUCCCAGAAACGAUUCAGACUAAUGAGGACGUGAUCAAUGAGAGCAGUCUAAACGACUUAUUGAACCAGUGUUCAUUUUUCGAAAAUAACUUAGGAAAGCUGCAACAUUGCAAAGCUUCCACCAAGCUACGGGAGAACACCAAUACCAAGUUUUACAAAGCAGGAACAUUAACGUACGCUAUGUGUUUAAAAGUUGAAGUGGAACUACGACAGCUACAAUCCGAAGGCGUAAUCAUGCCCGUACAACACUCGGAGUAUGGUACCCCAACUGUUCCUGUACUCAAACCCGACGGUGCCAUUCGUAUCUGUGGGCACCAUAAGUUAACUGUCAAUCAAGCUACCAAGGCGGUAAUGUAUCCUUUGCCACACAACGAAGAUUUGUACGCUACGUUAUCCGGUGGUCACAACUUUUCUAAGCGUGUUCUUAGACACGCAUAUUCUUAAGUUGAACUUGGUGAGGACUCACGUGAAGUAACCACCAAAACUACACAUUUUGGACUAAUUCAAAAUGCUCGUCUUCUUUUCUAAAUAAGCUCCGCCCCAGCAUCUUCCAGCGGAUUGUGGAUGACAUCGUGAAGAAUAUACCCUUCAAUUGUCCUUAUUUGGAUAAUAUCCUGAAUUCGUAGCCGAAGUGAUUCAGAACAUUUACAAACACUUCGGACGGUGGUUGAACCUCCGGAAUCGAAUGGAUUGAACCUGACGACAUCUAAAGACUUCAUCUUUCCAUUCGAUUGACGCUGUUAUGGUCUGGAUUGUUGAUGCUUGAAUUCCCACUUGGUUGCGAAGACCUAGAAAGUAGCGCUGGUAAACUGGGUACAUUAUCGGAGGCCAGCACCUCCAGUAUACAGUGCCGCGCGAAUUGACAGCUGGGUUUGCGGAUAACCGCUUCUAGGAUCGCAGUGCUUACCGACAUCAACGUCAAUGGAGGCAAAUUAACCUUGUGGCAAUUUCUACUGGAACUGUUGAUGUCGGGUCGGUACACGAAUUUGAUCCGCUGGACCAACAAACAGGGGGAGUUCAUUCUACUGCAGGCGGAAAGUGUGGCAAAAUUAUGGGGUCUGCGUAAAGAUCGGAACCAUCGUAUGAACUACGAUAAGCUGAGUCGCGCAUUGCGAUAUUACUACGAAAAGAAUAUCAUACGCAAGGUGCACGGGCACAAAUUCGUGUAUCAGUUUAUCGGCUUGCAAAAUUUGCUAAAGUAUUGUCAAACAUCUGCAUGUGACGAAGGAUUGCAGACUGCGAACCGUCACGUCGUUGCUCCUGGAACGGAACAGGAUUUGCAAAAUAAACCUAGCAUAGGUGAGCUGAGCUUGGUGAAGGACCGUGAAUCUUUCUAUGAGACUAGAACCCACGAGACGUCAGUCACAACCUGGGUGCAUAAUCGUCAACAGAUAAUGCAAACUUCGCCUAAAGAGGUAGUAGCAGUUGACCAACUCGAGAAACAUGAUCCGUCAGUUAACAAAGAUUACUCCGAAAGGACAGUGCAUAAAACGAACAGAGAGGCCUCUGUAUCUGACUGCCCUUCCAGAACGGUGGGCCCUUCUGCUGAAGGGUGUUCCCUUCCGCCCUAUUCGAGUUAUCCAUUUGAAGUCACUAAUCAGAGUCCUAUUCCGAAUUCCCCCUUUGUAAAUUCGCUCAAUUGCGAUACGGUUACAACGGAGAAACUCAUUUGGUUAUCGAGCCUUUUUUCAUCUCUGGCCUCGGUUGUUUCCUUGAACCAGUCCUUCCCCCCAAUGCCAAGUUCACAAACGAUAAGUCUAUCUCAAUCCCCAAACGUUUACCCUGUGGUGUCUUCUAGGAGGUGGAGUGUAAACACUGAACCAUCGCAUGUGCCUCCACUGCGCACACUCAUUGAUCAUCUGGAUGCGGUGCAAACCCUUACUCCGCUUUCGUCACAUUCUUUAAGGAAUCCAACUCGGGAUACGAUUUCCGAGGGUCUGCAUAGCACGACCAUUGCACGAAAUUCAAAGGGCCUACGGCAAGUUGUACCAGGGGAACCAAGUCAAAACGACUUCAGAAGUAACACAACAAACGCUAACCGUACCACAUAUACACCAUCUGAUGCAACUCAAGUAUAUCGAUCUCCUUCUCCACACUGUCAAUGCAGUUGCCAUCGUUCGUUCUCGUUGGAAUCCAAACAACCAGCAACUUAUCUGACCUCUUCAGUUGGAGAUAUAUACGCAAAUGACAAUUCAGGACCAGAUGUGAAUCGCUCCCCCAAAGUGACUGAAGCGCGCAUUGCAACAGAUGUUUCCCCAACGCAGUUGCAUCACCAGCGCCACACAAUUAAUAUGCAACGCCUUGAGGAACAGAUUUCCAAACUUGGGAGAACCAGUCUGUGGAAUGCUCGCGCCCCGCAUGCAGUCGGAGCAUGUGAUUUCGUGAGGUUCUGUUCUACACCUCGAGGAAUGCAUAGCGAUCAAGACACGAUGGCUUCUUCCACUACACACUACUCCACCGAUUCUCUUGGUGUUCGGCAGAUGAAUAGUCCAAGAACAGGGGAAUCCGAUGAUCCCGCCAACUUGGGAGCAGAUGUCCGAACCUCAGGAGAUGAUCAAUGUGUUUGGAUGCCAGUACCUUUGAGUAUGUUAACUUCGUGGCUGCAGCUGCUGUCUACAAUUAGGCCAUCCCUCUGUAACGAUGGAAUCACUUGCCCUGUUGAAGGACAUUCUAAUGAUGGCCUGACAUCCGGCGAGGAAACGGACUCAGUUCGCCCAGCUGUUUCACCGACUCGUGCUUGUGAUUCAAUACCUCUCGUAGUUAAACAGGAAGUGUUUGAUGAAAGCGGCCGAUAACAAACGCGCCUAUUUAUUGCAUAGAUAGAUGCGUGCACAGUUAUGAGACACGGAAAUUAUUGUUUUCUAUGCCGUGGUCUCUGUCCAACCCGGUUGCCCAAGUUUACUACCUUUAUCCUUCUAAAUAUUUCCUUUUAAGUUCAGAUGUAAAUACGAUUAAUUCAGCAGAAGUUUUAUGCGUUUU